AUGGGUGCACUGGCGCACAAUCUGAAACACAUUCACACUGCCCCGAAGCGCCUUACACCACCCUAUAUAGUCUUGUAUCGCCUUGCAGCAGCCUAUUCAGUCCCUUUUAACGGCGGAUAUUUUCUCACUCUCUCCUACUCCGUUUUUUGGCUAGCCUUAAUUCCGUUUUCUUGGUUCGCGUCGGCUCCUACCACCGUAAGAAAAGGAGUAACCGCUUGUAGUAGUGCUGGCAGAAAACUGCAGCCUGGUUACCGUAUUUUAUUCACAGUAUAUAAAGACCCUGAGAAUCCGAAACCGAAACGGGGAACGCAUCGGACACGUACUUCAAUACAACCGAUCAGUAAUAAACUACUGCAAUACUGCCGCGAUACUCAACCGCUUCUAUACUCUACGAUGACGCUGCUUGCAAAGGGAGGUUUGCGUUGGGUUAACUCCCAUAAGUCACUUAUACAGCGGGUUCUGCUUUUUUCUGUUAUAGUGUUUAUUAUUGUAAAGCAAGCGAGUUUUAGCAGCAGUGAAGAUGCAGAGGUGCCGCUUAUUAUUGGAUCAGCAGGAUCCAAGCUGGAUCAAGCCCGUGCGCUAUACCGUAAGUUUAAGUUCGAUACGAGUAUGAUUUGGCCUGAUGUGUACACAUUGAAAGGAUCACUUUUGACUCCGUCAUUCGGAGCAAAAAAGGGGCAGCAGCUGGAGUCUAUUGACGAUUUGCAUUACUACGACAGUGACCCAAGGCUUGUAUGGACAGUUUAUUUGGAUCAUGCGAUGAAUACAGCGAUGACUUAUCAACAUGAGGCCCAUGCGGACAUCACGAAUGAAGAACCACUGCCGGAAAUGCCAUUUUCAUGGUAUGAUUGGAUAGAUCAUCAUGAUUUUGAUAAAUUGAUCGCAGCUGUCCACGAUGGUGGGGUAGAAUUAGGAUGUGCCUUUUUUUAUGAGAAAGCAUUCAAUUCUGAUAAACUGGACGAACUUGAAGCAUCUGUAGGAGACUACUUGUUUUCUUACCAGCGCGUCAAAUACUACGAUGCUGAAUGGUACAGAAAGAUUAGAAACGAAAAAGCAGCCCCCGAAAACAUUCCUGAAGGUCAGUGUAAAUCUGUUAAUGGUCCUGUUAAGUUUAAUUUGCCAAUUCAGGUUCACGAAUUACAUGAGGACGUUAGACCGGAGGUUUAUCAAAUGCAGGCGAGAUCUUAUCUGAUAACUAAAUUGAAUAAUCCAUUAUCGUUGACAGUCUUAGAGGGGGCUCGUUCGGCAUACAGAUUUCCAUUACGCUCUCAAAGGUCGAAUUUGAUCGAAUCCCGCCUAUUGGAUACAUACCUGUCGCGUCACAUGACUCGUGCUGAUAAAAAUUCUGACUACAAAUUUGAUCACUUACAAACUUUCCACGAUUUUCUACUAAGCGAUGCCGCAUUUAGAUCAAAAGUUGUAAUUCCUGAUGCGCAAAGAACUCAAGAGGAUGAAAGUGCCAUACCGCUGAAACCAAGUGAUUUUGAGUUUGACGUUAGGGCUAAGAUCAAGGAAUUAGAAAAAUUGAAAGAUGAUAAGAAAAUUUCACCUCAUGAAGAACAGUAUUUGGAGUCAUUAAAGGUUUCUAUCAGUUACCAUCCGGCGUUACAACCCAAAUACUUGAGUGAAGCUGCUCAUAUUUCACAAUUUGCUGGUAUGGGGUACCAUAGAGAUAAAAGAUUCUUUAACGGUGGAUUAGUUGAAGAAUAUCAAGAAUAUCAGGCGAGAUUAAAUUCUCUAAUCCGCACUUGGUUAAAAUUUACAAGAGUUAACGGUUUGCUAACUUGGGUUGCUCACGGUUCACUUUAUGGUUAUUUAUACAACGGUAAAAAUUUCCCAUGGGAUAACGAUUACGAUGUUCAAAUGCCAAUUCGUCAUUUACACCUGUUAAGUCAAUAUUUUAACCAGUCUUUAAUUCUUGAAGAUCCAAGAGAAGGUAAUGGUAAGUAUCUGGUUGAUGUUGGAACUUCCAUUACAGUGCGUACCAAUGGUAAUGGUCAGAACAAUAUUGAUGCAAGAUUUAUUGAUGUUGAUUCUGGUCUCUACGUGGAUAUUACUGGUAUAAGUGUUUCUUCAAAUCCUCAACGUGAAAAUUUCAAAGAUUGGUAUGAAGAAAAGAAAAAGGGUAUUAAUUUAGAACAAGGCAUGAAAGACUUUGAUUUUCCAGAAAAAGGUGACGGUUAUGCCUCGAUGAAUAUUACAGCUCUUUCACAAUAUGCCAAGGAACAUGAAGAAGAAUUUAAUAACGAACAAAAGGACUGGAUUAAAAAUGUUGACAAAGGCGAAAGGGAUCAUUUUAAAAUGAGAACUGCUCCACAGAAGGGGUUAACACCAGAACAACGUUAUUAUAUGAAUCGUGAAGUUGGUGCUUACAACUGUAGAAAUAACCAUUUUAUCACCAUGGAUUUUGCUUCACCAUUGGUAAAGACUAUAUACCACGGCGUCGAAGCCCUAGUACCUUACAAAGUCAUUUAUGAUCUACGCAAAGAGUAUUACGUUCCAGAGAAUUUAGGAUUUACAGUAUAUCAAGGUAAUGUUUAUGUUCCAGAACUUCGUUCAUGGUUCAAUUUGAGCAUUUUGAAAAGAUUUGCUAAUAUUAAUUCAUGGAAUGCAAACUUGAGAGAAAUUAAAUCACCUGUUCAUGAUUUGAAACAGGAAGAUAUGGAUCCACUUUUUGAAAAUAUGCACAAUAUUGGUUAUACCGAUCUUUUCAGUCUGUACUAUACCUCUUAUAAUGUUUCAGCUUAUCGUCUCAAAGAACUGGAAAUUCAAUACGAUACUACGCUGAACAAGAUAGAAAAGGAAGACGUUUUGGAGAUUUUACGCCAUAAUAUAGCUCCAAACAUGAGUUCACCGGUAAAGGAUGCUACACUUUAUGUUUACGAGAAAAGACUUUGGGAAGGAAUGACACAAAAAUUAACCAGGAAUGAAAUUAACAAAGUUACGGAUCAAGUCAGUUACGAAGUUUACAAAGAUUUAACAGCAGCAGCAACAGCUUUUUAUGAGAAAAAAUCUUCCUUAUUUGUUACUACCGAUGAAGCUGGCGAAAUAUACGAUUACAAUCGGAUUGGCAUUCCAAUUCCGAAGGAUAAUAAAUUGUUUGAAAAGGACUAUUCUGAUGACAGGAGGAAAAAAUAA